CACCGUUACACGUGAUCAACGGUCGCGGGAAGCGCAAUGCCACGCGCGUGAUAGGAAGAAACUCCGUUCUUGAGUCAUUCGAACUUUUUGUAAACAUUGCCAAGGUUUUAUUGUGGGAAGACGUGUUUCUUAGUCAUCGAAUUCUCAAGACGACGGUGACGGAUACUGAUAUUCAACUGGACGGUGGUCUUUUUGUAUUUGUUUUAGCUAACUCAAGACGUUGUUUUCUGUCCUGAGUACAAGCUAGUCUGUGGUCAUUUAUCAGACUUUAUGGGCGUGUUGAAAUUAAGAGUCGGGUUUUCGGUUAAUUUGAGUCGUGAAGAGUAGUUUUUGCAAACUUUUUUAUUCAUACCUUUUCUUAAAGGUAAAUAAAACUUUUAAAGAAAAACACAACUGUUUCCCCUGCAUUGGGGGUCCAACCGCGUGUUUUUCUUGUCGACGAACCCGGGGUUUAAAUCCUGAAAAUGUCGAGUUACAGUCGCCAUCGACACGGAUCCCCGUCUUCAAAAAGUCGACCAAUUCGUCAGAAACUACAGUUCGCAUCCAGCGAUGGAGAGGAUGAGCCCAUUGAGGAUGUUAAUAACAGCACCGGGGGAGAAUCUGGCUUCACAGAAAUGGAUUCCCCAGUGCCAGUGCGACGGGAAAACGCCGACAAACGCCUGGAUGGGAGCAGCAGUCCCCUGAAUCAGACCGACGGUGACGACGAUGUAGAACUGUGGGAUGAGGAAGGUUUUGGUUCACCGUCUCAUCUGCGGUCGCCAAGCAGUGUUAUUUUUGCCAACUGUUCACCGUCGCCAAAGAAAGGCUCUCGUCUGUACGGAGGCUCACCGGAACGGAGCUACGUCCAAGACGACGGGGAAGGAUCCAGCUCUCCGAUCCCAGACUGCCCCGACACACCUCCACACAAAACCUUCAGAAAACUCCGACUUUUUGACACACCACACACACCAAAGAGUUUGCUGUCCAGAGCCAGAGGCUCCGGCCCAGGAUCCUCCAGCAGGAGAGUUGCUCUGUUCAAGAAUGUGGCUUCUCCAGGAAAGUCAAUCGCAGACAGUGGCAGGAGACCGCAGAUCCCUCUGGUCAACUUUAACCCCUUUACCCCUGACUCCCUCCUCAUUCAGUCUGCUACACAACAGAGAAACAAUAGGAAGCGAGCUCACUGGAAUGACUCUUGUGGAGAAGACAUGGAAGCAAGUGAUGGUGAAGGAGAAGAUGAAGUUGUUCCACCCUCUAAGAGGAUCACCAUGAUGGAGAGCAACAUGAUGUCCCGUUAUGCCUCUGAGUUUCUUGAGCUGGAGAAAAUAGGCUGUGGCGAAUUUGGUGCUGUGUUCAAGUGUGUAAAAAGACUUGACGGCUGCAUUUAUGCCAUUAAAAGAUCAAAGAAACCUCUGGCAGGAUCAGUAGAUGAACAAAAUGCUUUACGGGAGGUGUACGCCCACGCUGUUCUGGGCCAGCAUCCCCAUGUGGUGCGGUACUACUCGGCCUGGGCCGAGGACGACCACAUGCUUAUCCAGAACGAGUACUGCAAUGGUGGCACACUGUCAGAUGUCAUCACAGAAAACUACAGGCGGCUCAGUUACUUUUCUGAGCUAGAGCUAAAAGAUCUGCUGCUGCAAGUCGCACGAGGACUCAAGUACAUCCACUCAACUUCCCUCGUGCACAUGGACAUCAAACCCAGCAAUAUCUUCAUUUUACGGAAGUCUGUAGCGAGCUCUGACGAAUGUGACGAGGAUGAUGGGCUAACAAGGAGUGUUGUUUACAAAAUCGGUGAUCUUGGUCAUGUGACUACAGUCAACAAUCCUCAGGUUGAGGAAGGUGACAGCCGAUAUUUGGCCAAUGAAGUUCUACAAGAGGACUACAGUAACUUGACCAAGGCAGACAUCUUUUCUUUGGCUCUGACGGUCGUCAGCGCCUCUGGGGCCGAACCUGUACCCUCCAACGGAGAAAAGUGGCAUGAAAUCAGACGGGGCAAAUUACCUCCCAUCCCACAAGUGCUUUCUCCAGAGUUCCUGAGCCUGAUCAAGCUGAUGAUCCAUCCAGAUCCAACCAGACGACCAUCAGCCUCUGACCUCCUCAAACACCCGGUGCUUCUGACUGCUGCCAGAAUGAGCGCAGACCAACUCAGAGUGGAGCUCAACGCAGAGAAGUUCAAGAAUGCCUUGCUCCAAAAAGAGCUGAAGAAAGCCCAGCUGGCCCGAGCGGCAGCAGAAGAAAAGGUUUUGUCCACUGACAGGGUCCUGACCCGGUCCACAGUCCAGUCAAACCCUCGAACCUCCAGGCUCAUUGGAAAGAAGAUGAAUCGGUCCGUCAGCCUUACCAUCUACUGAGGCUUUACUCUGACAGGAAGUUGAACAGAAAGGCUCAUGGACCUUUUAAAGCAGACCAGCUCAGCUGAAAUGGUCUGGUUUUUUUUUUUUUUUUUUUUUUUUUACUUCUUCUUUUGGAGAAUCCUGUCAGUCCAAUUUUUGGGAUCUUCUGCCCGGCCAGAGCUGUAGACUGUUUCUACACUGAACUGGAAGUUUGUUCAAUAGACUUUUUGCCUAGUUCAGCCCUUUGACUGAUGGGCUUUUCUCUUUGGAAAACUCAUUUCUUUAAGGUAGUUGCUUUACCUUCUACACCAACACAUUCCUUAAGUUUUCAUAGAUGUCAGGCAGUCCCGGAUUCUGUCCUUGCACUUCCCUUGACAAAGCCGAAGCUGCUGGUAGCGGGUCGUAGCUGCAGUGAAGCCUUCUACAGUGUGAAUGUAGUCUCCGUAGCCAUGCGCACCUUAACUGCCUGUCAUAUGCCUGAUGCUGGGUACCAGAGGGUCCAAGAACUGACUGUCUGUUUGUAAUGGAGCACUUUGGAGGCAACAUGUGGAACUUACCACAUUUUAAGAGAAAAAAAAGAAAAACUUGCUGCUAUUGAUGUUAUUGUGUGUAUCAGGGCUUGGUCAACUUAGAUUGGGUCAUUCUAGAGGUCAUUGGCUCUUAUUUUCAAGCAGCAGAGGUCCAAUCUUUCCAUUUAAUACUGUCAUAUUUUCUGGUUGUAUGGAAAAUGGAUCAUGCUGUAAAAAAAUCACCCAGUCUGUUUGAAUUAUCAAGCCAGUGAGCUUCAUUAUCUGUGAGGUUAGAAUUGAUCCAGCCGCUGAUUCUUCCCUGUCAGUCAGAGCUGCCAAACCUGACCUGUAGCAUUAGAACAAUCAUCGUCCCGUUCUUUAGAAACUUGUUCUGUUUGCCGGCCAUCAUUUUCAUUAAGCUCAUUUUAUUACUGUUUAGAUUAUCCUACAUUUGUUCUUGUAACCCCUAACAGAAAAAGCUUUGUACAUUUGUUCUUUAAAUAAAUUCACAUUAAUUUG